AUGCCUCUCAAUCAAGACACCCAGAUCAUUGGUUAUGCCGAACCCUGGAUUGUUUCCCCGGGAGACCCAGUUGACAUCAAAGUUUCAAGUUCCGAAAAGGGAUACGAUCACCGUCUAGUACGUCUUGUUCAGGGGUAUAGCGGUCCUCGUGCUCCCCCCGUUGUGCUGGAGGACAUCACCGAGGUGCCGGUUGGCCACCACGAGGAUGGUUGCUAUCAAGAUGCUUGCUCCGGAUCAUACGCUCUUAUCCCAUCCUGGGCGGAAGUGACACUCGCAGUGGAGGAGGGCAUCGAAGUCGAGUUUCAUGCCCAACCAUACUUGCUUGAUGUCGAUUACUAUUGCCAAACCCUUAUAUCCUGUCUCGACGUAUCUUCUCGAACUGGAUUCGCUGUCGUUUUGAGAAACUCAAAGAUUGAGUUCUUUAUCGGCACCGGGAAUAGAAUUCAGGUUAUCCAGAGCCAACUCGUCGUGAAUCGCUGGCGGUGGCUCCAAGUCCGUCUCAGUGUCGUUAACAACACAUUCACUUCGAACAUCCAUCAGUUGAACCGCCUAGCCGAAACCGCCCCAAAAGGCGAGACCAUGACUACUGUCAUGUUAGCACCCAUGAUUUUGGGGUCGAAUUCGUUGCUGUUUGGUGCAGGCAGGUUCAAAGACAGUGGUCAGCAGAGCUCUAAACCAGCAUGCUUUUACAAUGGCCGAAUCGACUCUCCUUCCUUUACCAUGACGAGCUCAUCAAGGCAUACGGUCGCGAAGUAUGACUUCUCCAAAGAUAUACCCAGCGACUCUAUCGCUGAUGUUUCUGGAAACGGUCGACAUGGUGUGUUGAUCAAUGCACCCACACGUGCGGUCAAAGGAUUUGACUGGGAUGGCACUCAGCCAGACUGGACCAAAGCCUCAUACGGAUAUGGUGCCAUUCAUUUCCACGAGGAUGAUCUGGAUGAUGCAAAGUGGGCAACGAACUUCUCCGUUACCAUCCCAUCGACAGCUCGCUCCGGCGCGUAUGCGGUUGAAGUCAAGUGCUCAGACGGAACAAGCGACAUGAUCACAUUCUUCGUCCGACCGAAUCCCAGCUCAACGGCACAAGUGGCUUUGGUUCUCACGACAUUCACAUACCUCGCGUAUGCAAACGAACGAAUGUUUGAUCAGACCAAAUCAUCAGCGAUGACAACUCCGGAUGGAGUUAGCAUCGGACAGGGAAACGAGUAUUACAAAAACCUUGCCCGGCGACCAGAUUUGGGUCUCUCCGCCUACGAUGUUCACACAGACGGCUCCCCCUGUGCAUACUCCAGUGCUCGCCGACCGAUCCUCAAUCUCCGACCAGGAUAUGUACACUGGGCCUUGGACCGGCCCCGCGAAUUCAGUGCUGACCUUCUCAUGGUGGGCUUCCUGGAACGUUCCGGAAUUCCCUAUGACAUUAUCACCGAUCAUUGCUUGAGCAGCAGAGGUCGAGAAGCAACCUCGCAAUACACGACUGUCAUUACCGGCUGUCAUCCAGAGUACCACUCUCUUAGUUCUCUCGACACCUUCAGCGCAUUUGCAAAAUCGGGGGGUAAUAUGAUGUAUUUGGGCGGCAACGGGUUCUACUGGGUCGCCGAUGUUGUCAAUGAACGGCCUCAUCGCCUUGAAGUUCGGAAGGGCGACCAAGGUUGUCGGUCCGUUACGUUCCCUGCUGGAGAACGAAUGCACAGUCUCACCGGAUCUCUUGGAGGGCUAUGGCGCAGCCGCGGUCGUGCUCCCAACUACCUCUGGGGCAUCGGGCCCUGUGCGUUCGGCACUGGAAAGGGAAAGCCUUACACGGUAGAUUUGCAAUAUGCCCAGGAUGCCCAGUUCAGUUGGAUUUUUAAGGGUAUGGACCCAACUGAGCCGAUUGGCGAAAAUGGCUUCGGCGGCGGCGCCAGCGGUGACGAGAUUGAUCGCCUGGAUUAUGCGCUUGGGACACCAUCCAAUACGGUCCUAUUGGCAAGAAGCCAACAGCAUGAUGAUAGCUUUGGACUUUUCAAUGAGGACUCGAUGUUCCCCAUGGUGGACACUCUGGGUUCCAAUUGUGACAUGGUCAGGAGUGACCUAGUAUAUUAUGACACCGCGGGAGGUGGCGCGGUAUUUGCCGUUGGCAGUAUCAACUGGUACUGCAGUCUCGGGUGGGAUGAUUAUGGUAACAAUGUAGCUACAAUGACUGGCAAUGUGCUGAGAGAAUUUGUAAGAAGAGGAAAAGGUGGUGGUGUUCAAUGA